CUUGGAUUGCAUGUCGAGCGGGUAUCAAUGCCCAACAUCCGGGAAAUCCUCCUUACAACUUUCAUCGGCGAGAUAUUCUACAGCAUUGGUUUCACCUUUAUCAAGCUAUCAAUCUUGGCACUCUACCGACAUCUUUUUCCCACGCGCUUCAUCAAAGUGAGCUCUAUGGCCCUCGGUACGUUCGUCAUAAUGUGGGGAAUUUCGCUGGUUCUGGUGACUAUCUUCAGCUGCCAACCCAUUCACGGAUUCUGGGAUAUCACGACGCCUUCCAAGUGUGUGAACUCCAAGUGGUUCUUCAUCGGCAAUUCUAUCCCCAACAUCAUCGCAGAUGUCAUAUUACUGUUUCUUCCCAUGCGAGAUGUAUGGAGACUUCAGCUCCAGCUGCGCUCAAAAAUUGCUGUCAGCGUCAUGUUCGUGCUGGGAAGUUUCGUCAUUAUCGCAAGCGGUCUCCGCAUAAAAUUCAUGCUUUCUAUGAAUGAGGACGAUAUGACUUGGUCUUAUGUUGGAGUCGGGCUGUGGACUGCAGUUGAGAUCGACGUGGCCGUGGUAUCGUCCUGUUUGCCCACAAUGCGCCCCCUCCUU